GUUACACUCUAUUUUCCUCAUCGAGCUUUGCAUAAGAAAUACGAAAGCCAUCCCGAAUCUACCUUGAACUCCAUUCUCACUCCUACAACUCAUUGCUUUUAACUUAUUUUCGAGCGUGUCUCAAGACACUUACAAACUCAGCAAUUCUAUCAUUAUGCCUCCCCCACCAGCUCCACCAAAGAGUCUGCUCGGCAGGCACCGCCUUCUCGCCCCUACGGCAUCUAUCCGUGUCAGCCCUCUGUCUUUGGGUGGUAUGAGUCUUGGCACGGCAUGGGGCCCAAUGAUGGGUGAAUGUAGCAAAGAGCAAGCAUUCAAGCUUCUUGAUGCCUACUACAGCCUAGGAGGAAACUUCAUUGAUACUGCCAACGUCUACCAGGGCGGCCAGAGUGAGCAGUGGAUUGGCGAAUGGAUGCAGAUGACCGGAUGUCGCGCUGAGAUAGUGGUUUCUACCAAGUACACCUUGAGCAACAAAGCCGGCCAGCCAAUCCAGCAGAGCAACUUUGGAGGAACCGGUACCAAGAGCAUGCACUUGGCUAUCGAAGCUAGCCUGAAGAGCCUUCAGACCAACUACAUCGAUUUGUACUACGUUCAUGCCUGGGACUUUGCUACUGGCAUUCCCGAGUUGAUGCAAUCCCUCAACACCUUGAUUCAGCAGGGUAAAGUCUUGUACCUUGGUAUCAGUGACACGCCUGCCUGGGUAGUCGUGAAGGCAAACGCCUAUGCUCGCGAGCAUGGUCUUCGUCAGUUCUCUGUCUACCAAGGCCGGUAUUCUGCGCUUGUGCGCGACUUAGAACGCGAUGCCAUUCCCAUGUGUCGUGACGAAGGAAUGGCACUUCAUCCUUGGGGUGUUCUUGGCAGUGGUUACAUACGGUCUCCUGAUGCAGCAGCUAAGCAAGGGGGCCGUCAAACCCCCAACUUCAUGACCGGUCGCGAGCAAAAGGUCUCUGUAGUGGUGGACACCGUUGCGAAGCGCCACAACGUCCCUAUCACCGCUGUCGCACUUGCAUACGUGCUGCAGAAAGCUCCAUAUAUGUUCCCAAUGGUGGGUGGCAGCAAGAUUGAGCAGCUCCAAGCCAAUGUUGACGCACUGAGCCUCCAACUCACUCCAGAGGAUAUCACAGAGAUCGAGAAGGGCUACGAAUUCGACCUCGGUUUCCCCCACAACUUCAUCAAUAUGGCUGGAUAUGCCCCUCAAGGGCCUCAAGACGCUACUUUCCUCGCCGGUAUGGGUUAUUUCGACUAUGUUGCACCUCAGGCUGCUAUAAAACCUCACCCGGGAGAACUCACUGCAGCUUGGAAGGCUUAGAUUCGCAGACAGGGUGGUAGAGUUCGGGGAUGAAUAAUGCUACUCAAGGGUAUAUGACCAUAUAUGAUAUCUUCCUUCCAGUCUGCUAGUCCACCUGCGAGUUUUAUAGGGUUCUCACCAAAAGUAAAAGGGC